GUCCCGUGGCCAUGACUCUGCCUCACAGCCCUGGAAGCGCGGGGGAGCCCCGGCCCCAGACCGUGGAGGUCUGCAAGGUGGAGCACCGCCUGGAGGAAGAGCAGUCGGAACAGCGGCAGCAGAGCCUGCACAUGGGCUCCUCCCUGCAGAGGAGGACCUUCCGCAGCAGUGAAGAAGAAUAUCAAUUCAGCGCUGCAGACUACUCCCUUGCCGCAGCCCUGGCUCUGACAGCCACCUCAGAGAUGUCUGGGGAGGCCUGGCUGAGGCGCCAAGCGUCCUCCGUGGAGCUGGAGGAGCGUGGGCAGAAGCGGGUGGGCUUCGACAACGGCUUGGAGAAGACGGAGAUCGCCUUCCUGCAGACGUGCAGGCUGCUGCGCCGGAGACGGGACAGGAAGGCCCUGCAGCGGCGGACAGAGGAGAAGAUCCGGGAGGCCAAGGAGCUGAGGGCACUGUGCUCAGGCCGGGGGCCCUGGUUCUGGAUCCCCCUGCGCUCCCACGCCGUGUGGGAGCACACCACGGUCCUGCUCACUUGCACGGUCAAAGCUUCCCCGCCACCUCAGGUCACCUGGUACAAAGAUGACAUGCACAUUGACCCACGCCUCUUUCCCGCCGGGAAGUACCGAAUCAAGAACAACUACGGGCUGCUGACCCUGGAGAUUAGGAGAUGCACCGUAGAGGACUCAGCCACGUACACCGUGACGGUGAAGAAUGCCUACGGCCAAGCCUCCUCCUACGCCAAAGUCCUCGUCCGCACGUACCUGGGGAAGGAGGCCGGCUUUGAUUCAGAGAUCUAUAAACGAUCAAUGUUUGGCCCCACCAUGGAGUUCACGUCGGUGCUGAAGCCUGUCUUUGCCCGAGAGAAGGACCCCUUCACCCUCUCCUGCUCCUUUUCCAGUGAUGUGGAAGAUGCUGAGCUCAUCCAGUGGUUCCAAGGCGGGAGCCUGCUGAGGUCCUUGGGGCGCCGGCAGAUCCUCAACUCACACCGCCAGACGACGGUGAAGGUGUCUUGCGCCUACAAGGAGGACGAGGGGCUCUACACGAUCCGAGUCCCCUCGCCCUUUGGGGCCCGGGAGCAGAGCACCUAUGUGUUCAUCAGAGAUGCAGUGGCUGAGAAGCCAGGGGCCCCAGGCUCCCCACUCAACGUCCAAUGCCGGAAUGUGAACCGAGACUGCCUCAUCCUGACCUGGACCCCGCCUAGCGACACUCGGGGCAGCCCCAUCACUGGCUACACCAUCGAGCGGUGCCAGGGUGGGUCUGGAGAGUGGGUGCCCUGCCACAAGGCACCCGGAGGGACCUGCCGGUGCCCAAUCCAGGGCCUUGUGGAAGGCCAGAGCUAUCAGUUCCGGGUGAGAGCCAUCAACCGAGCAGGAAGCAGCCUCCCCUCCAAGGCCUCCAAGCUGGUUGUCAUGGGAGAACCUGCGGAAGCCCGGAGGAAGACAGAGAUCCCCUUCGAUCUGGGAAACAAGAUCACAGUCAGCAGAGAUGAUUUUGAAGACUCGGUCACCAUCCCUUCGGCCCCAACCAAUGUCCACGCCAUGGAGAUCCGAGAGAACUACGUGGUGCUGGGCUGGGAGGAGCCCAGCCCCCGGGGCAAAGCCCCGCUAACAUACACCCUGGAAAAGUCCGUCAUAGGGAGCGGCACCUGGGAGGCCAUCCGCUCGGAGACCCCUGUGAAGUCCCCACAGUUCGCCCUCUUGGAUCUGGAGAAAGGAAAGUCCUAUGUCUUCCGGGUGCGAGCCAUGAACCAAUACGGCAUGAGCGACCCUUCGGAGCCCAGCGAGCCCAUCACCUUGGGGCGUCAACCAGUUACUCUGCCUCCUCCCACUCGAGUUCAAGCUUUCCGAGACACGAAGACCUCCAUCUCCCUGACCUGGGAUCCCGUGGAAGGUGGCCCAGAGCUCCUGGGCUACUACGUCUACUCCAGGAAGGUGGGGUCUUCUGAGUGGCAAACGGUCAACAACAAGCCCAUCCAGGACCACCAGUUCACGGUUCCCGGCCUGGUCACGGGGAAGGACUACGAGUUUUGUGUCAGUUCAGUCAGCGAGGCCGGGGUAGGUGAGAAGUCAGCAGCCACCGAGCCCACCAGGGUCAAGCAGGCUCUGGCUCCCCCCUCUGCCCCCUACGAUUUCACCCUGCUGAACUGCGGGCGGAACGACAUGGUCAUUGGGUGGAAAGCCCCCAAGCGUGGCGGAGGUGGCAAGAUCCUGGGCUACUACCUGGACCAGCACGACUCGGACGAGCUGGAUUGGCAUCCCGUCAACCAGCAGCCCGUGCCAGCCCGGGUCUGCAAGAUCAGCCACCUCCAAGAGGGCCACUUCUAUGCGUUCCGGGCCCGCGCAGUCAACUGGGCAGGGGUCGGCGAGCUGUCAGCCCCCAGCAGCCUGUUUGAGUGCAAAGAGUGGACGAUGCCCCAACCAGGGCCCCCCUACGGCGUGCGGGCAUCCGAGGUGCAGGCCUCCUCCCUAAUGUUGCAGUGGGAGCCCCCACUGUACACGGGUGCUGGACCGGUCACAGGCUUCUGCAUCAGCUACCAGGAAGAAGGCUCUGAGCAGUGGAAGCCAGUCACCCCAGACCCCAUCUCUGGCACCCACCUAAGGGUGUCUGACUUGCAGCCAGGGAAGAGUUAUGCGUUCCGGGUACAGGCUGUGAAUUCAGCUGGCUUGGGGCAACCGUCAAUGCCUACUGACCCUGUGCUCCUGGAGGACAAGCCAGAUGCCCGGAACAUUGAAGUUGGCGUGGAUGAAGAGGGCUUCAUCUAUUUGGCCUUUGAAGCCCCUGAAGCCCCUGAGCCCUCCGAGUUCCAGUGGUCCAAGGACUACAAGGGCCCUCCAGACCCCCAGAGAGUUAAGAUUGAGGAUAAGGCUGACAAAUCCAAGAUCAUCCUGAAGGAGCCCAGCCUUAAGGAUCUGGGCAUCUACUCGGUGGUGGUGGCUGAUGCUGAUGAAGACAUCUCAGCAAGCCACACGCUGACCGAGGAAGAGCUGGACAAGCUGAAGAAAUUGAGUCACCUGAUUAAAAACCCAGUGAUCAAGCUGGUCUCCGGCUGGAACGUGGAGGUGCUAGAGCGCGGAGAGGUGCGCCUGUGGCUGGAAGUGGAGAAGCUGUCGCCGGCCGCCGAGCUGCACCUCAUCUUCAAUGAGAAGGAGAUCUUCAGCUCCCCGAAUCGCAAAAUCAACUUCGCGCGGGAGAAGGGCCUGGUGGAAGUGAUCCUUGAGAACUUGUCUGAGGAAGACAAGGGGUCCUACACGGCUCAGCUCCAGGACGGAAAAGCCAAAAACCAGAUCACCCUGGCGCUGGUGGAUGACGAGUUUGACAAACUUCUGCGGAAGGCAGAUGCUAAGAGAAGAGACUGGAGGAGAAAGCAAGGUCCCUAUUUCGAGGAGUUCCUGCAGUGGAAGGUCACGGAGGACUGUCGAGUGCUGCUGACCUGCAAGGCAAAUCCCAGCCCCUGCCUCGGCUCCCACUCCUGCUCCCCAAGCCCUGUGCCCAUCCCUGCCCAACCCCAAAUUCUCCUUGCUGACGCCCCCAUCUCCCAUCCCUCCUGCCAGUUCUGCAAAGAGGACAAAGGAGUGUACAGGGCGGUGGUUUCGGAUGAUCGAGGGGAAGACGACACCAUCCUGGAGCUCACGGGUGAAGCUCUGGAUGCUGUCCUCACCGAGCUGGGCCGGAUGGCAGCCCUCUCUGCAGACCCACUGAAAAUCCAGGGAACGGCGGAGGGAAUCCGGAUCUUCAGCAAGGUCAAGUACUACAACAUGGACUACAUGAAAACCACCUGGUUCCACAAAGCAAAGCCGCCUGACAGCAAGGAUGAAACAGACCAGAGAAUGGAAAACACCCACUUGCGGGGCCAUGACCUGCAGCCACCUGUCAGUGCCGGCUCCUAUCGUGCCAAAGUCGUGAGGGGCCUGCCAGACGUGGCCACGAUUAUGGAGGACAAGACGCUGUGCCUGACUUGCGUCAUCUCAGGCGACCCCGCCCCUGAAAUCUCUUGGCUGAAGAAUGACCAGCCUGUGGCCUUCCAUGACCGUUACCGCAUGGAGGUAAAGGGGACAGAGGUCACCAUCACCAUCGAAAUGGUCAAAAGUGAGGACAGCGGGCGCUACGGUGUCUUCGUCAAGAACAAAUAUGGCUCUGAGACCGGCCAGGUCACCAUCAGCGUCUUCAAGCAUGGGGAGGAGCCCAACGAGCUGAAGAAGAUGUGAUGGGCGCGUUCAGGGGCAGCCUGACAUCCAGUCUGCAUGGACCAGGCGGGCCCAGGCCACAGGAGUAAGAAUGAGGAGAGAGAAGAUAGGGUGGAACCCAGAAUGGGGGGGUGGAGGUGGAACAGAUGGGCCAGCGUGGGGCAGCCAAGACCUUGCUGGGGGGGCCCGGAGAGGCAUCGGAGAUAGCGAGACAAGCCCUGGACUUGGAGGAGACCUAUGUCCAAGGAUUCCCUUCUGAACUUGCCAUGAGCCUUUAUUUUCCUGUCUUUCACGUGGGAAUCCCUAAUCCCACAGACCGUUGGGAAAGCUCCCUGUCAGCCACAGAGAAGUGGUCCUCAGAUGAAGGCCAUUGUGCUGGACAUUGGGAAGGCCAAUUUGCUGGACAUUUCUGUCACCACUGAGACAUUCUACUGUCAUACCUUAGUAGAGCCCAGGGAUGCUGCCAAAUAGCCUACAAUGCUCAGGACAGCUCCCCACGACAGAGAAGUGUGCGAUCCCAAAGGCCGAUUUAGUGCUGCGGCUGAGAACUCCACUGUGAGCUGGCCCAAGGCAGCACCCCUCUUUCCGGGCGCAUUCUCAGUCCACUGAAGUCCCACCAACAUUUGUUGGAAAUCUUGCACGUGCCAGGCUGAAGGUGGCACGGGGAAUGCAGCUAC